AUGAUGCAAAGAAGCAUCCAAAGUGGUUCUGCAACGCAAUUAUGUAGAGACGAUUGGACACUUCUCCUGCUCCACCACAUUAUCAGCAAAAAACAAAAUUCUGGCAACACACUGCUGUAUCGAUUAACUGCUUCUUCAAGCCAAUUAUCUCUACGAGGUACAAGUGAGAGGAUCGGACGUCUUCUUCCAUGGCCUUCCAAGGAGUCUCUUCCUCGUCUUCUUCCACCGUUGGAUGGACGCACAAAGUAUUCUUGAGUUUUAGAGGCGAAGAUACCCGCCUCAAUUUUACUGCCCAUCUAUACCGGAAUUUGCUUUAUAAGGGAAUAAACACGUUUAUAGAUGAUGAGGAGCUAAGAAGGGGAGAGGAAAUUUCUCCAGCACUUCUCAAAGCCAUUGAACAGUCGAGGAUUUCAAUCGUUGUGUUCUCUCAAACCUAUGCAUCAUCCAGAUGGUGCUUGGAUGAGCUACUGAAAAUCCUUGAGUGUAAAGAAACAAAGGGACAAAUUGUUCUACCAGUGUUUUACAAGGUGGACCCAUCGGAUGUACGACAUCAAAAGAAGAGUUUUGAAGAAGCAUUUGCUAAACAUGAAGAAAGGUUUAAGGAUGACAUCAAACUGCAGAGGUGGAAGGCAGCCCUAACACAAGUCGCCAAUUUGUCCGGGUGGCAUUUAGAGAAUAACAGGAAUGAAGCUGAUUUUAUUGACAAUAUCGUUCAGAAUGUCUCAAGAAUCGUAAGUCGCACAUACUUAUUCGUUGCCAAGCAUCCAGUUGGAAUAAAGUCUCGUGUACAGUGGAUCAAUUCACUUUUAAGUAUUGAGAUGAAAGAUAGAUCAUUUAUGGUAGGGAUCUUAGGAGCCGGCGGAAUUGGUAAGACAAGUAUUGCCAAAGAUAUCUUCAACUCGAUUGCUUAUCAGUUUGAAGGUAGUUGUUUUCUUUCGAACGUUAGAGAAACUACUUGUCUCAUACUACAAAAUAAUCUUCUUUCGGAAAUCCUAGGAUGUAACAUGGAGGUUCACAGUGUUGAUCGAGGAGUUAUGGUAAUAAAGGAUAGGCUUUGCUCUAUAAGGGUACUCCUUAUUCUUGAUGAUGUGGAUCACUUGUACCAAUUGCGUAUGUUGGCCGGAGAAGUUGAUUGGUUUGGUUUAGGAAGUAGGAUCAUCAUAACGACCAGAGACAGGAAAGUAUUGACUGACCACGAAGUAGAUGAUGAUCUAAUAUAUGAGGUGAAGGAAUUGGACUUCAAGGAGGCUCUUGCGCUCUUUCGUUGGAAUGCUUUCAGAGAUGACGAACCUACUGAUGAUUUUCUGGAACUAAUGAAAGGUGCAAUAAGUUAUGUUGGGGGCCUUCCGCUAGCUUUGGAAGUACUAGGUUCAUAUCUGUAUUCUAUAAAAGAUAUAAAUCGAUGGAAAAGUGCAUUGAAUAAGUACAAAAGCAUUCCUCACCAAGAUAUCCUAGGAAGACUUAGAAUAAGUUAUGAUGGACUGCAUGAAAAUGAGAGGAAGAUUUUUCUUGACAUUGCAUGUAUUUUCUUACAUUUUAUAUCUUUUCGCUCCUGGGAAGAUGAUAUUAAAAAGCUAGAUAGUUCUGAUUACUCCUCAGUUGAUGGUAUCGGUGUGCUUAAAGAGAGGUCUCUCAUAACCCGUGGUUGGAACAGAAUUGAAAUGCACAACUUAUUGCGCGACAUGGGUAGAGAAAUUGUUCGACAAGAAUCACCUGAAGACCCUAGCAAACGCAGUAGGUUAUGGUUUCAUGAAGAUGUUCGUCGUGUCCUUGAGAAUAAUGCGGGAACAAACAAAAUUCAAGGCAUAUUGGUAGAUUUUCCUCCAGGAGACAAGGUGCACUUGAGUUCCGAGGCCUUCAAGAACAUGGAAAUGCUUAGAGUGCUUAUAGUUAAAUUUAACAAAUACUUUCAUGGAGGAUGCGUUCCUAGUGAACCUACUUUAUGCUUUUCGAGAGGAGGACCUACUUUUCUUCCCGAGGAGUUAAUAAUGUUGGUCUGGCCUAAGUAUCCUUUAGAAUCUUUUCCAUCCAAUUUUCAAGGAAAGAAGCUCGUUAUUUUAAGAAUGCGGGUGAGCGCCCUCAAGAGCUUGAAAGGAGUUGAGAAUUUUCGAAGCAUGAGAAUUAUGGAUUUCUCUUACUGUCAAUUCUUAGAAAUGAUCCCUGAUGUUUCAAAUAUUUCAAAUUUAGAGGAGUUGAAUCUUGAAGCGUGUACAAAUUUAGUUGAGGUUCAUCAAUCUGUUGGAUUUCUUGAUAAGCUAGUUAAGUUGAAUCUUAACAUUUGCUAUAACCUUAACAGUUUUCCAAGACGCCUCCGGUUGAGAUCUCUAGAAUACUUGGGACUUUCUUUUUGCUCAAAGCUUAACCACUUUCCAGAAAUUGAAUGUGAGAUGGAGCGUUUGAGACACAUCUUCCUAACAACUCGUAUAAAAGAACUGCCUUCAUCCUUCCGGUUUGCUAGUUCACUGAAAACUUUAAAUCUAGUAGAAAGCAUAAACCUUACGAAUCUUUCAAGUCGCAUUUAUCAGUUGGAACAUUUAGAGUCUCUUAAUCUCAACAGUUGUUUUAAACUGGUUAAGUUUCCUGAGAAGAUGGGGGACAACAAACAAUCCAUGCCUUCUAUUGUAUCUAAAAAGGAAUCGGAAAUUUCACCAUGUCUAGAAUUGCCUCCAUUGCCACCUCCUACAAACUCAAGUGUUUCUAAUGAUGGUUCUUCUUCGGUAGUUUUUCCGGCACUAAUAACAUUGAAUCUGAGAAAUUGUGUCCUAUCAGAAUCAAAUAUCUUUAAGAUAUUUAACUGCUCCUCCACAUUGGAAGAAUUAGAUCUAUCUGGGAGUGAUAUUGUUACCAUUCCUGCGUGCAUCAAAAGAUUUGUUUGCUUGGAGACACUCAACUUGCAUAAUUGCAAGAAACUUAGAGAAAUUUCAGCACUUACACCAAAUAAUUUCCGUCUGAAUGCAACGGGGUGCACGUCAUUGGAAACAUUUUUCGAAGAAUCACAAAUAUCACAAGUAUUUAAUACAUGGUGCUUACCGAAGCUUGUACGGGUUGAAACAGUAUUUUCGGCACCAAGCCCUAUGGGCAGCGGUAUAGAACCAGAGGGAUCUCCAUCUUCUGUCAAUAACAUAACUCCAGAUCGCAAAGCUCAUGUUGGUGUUGAUGCUUCUACUGCAACCUAUCAGAAUGUGCAAGCUCUGCAAACACCUCAGCCAUGGAGGGAAUCUUUUGGCUUUAACAUUUGGAUUUCGGGAAAUGAGAUUCCACAUUGGUUCAACUAUCGUGAAGAUGUUUCAAUUAGUAAUUCUGAUAAGUAUGAAAUAGAUAUUGAUGUGCCUGUAGACGUGGAUGGGGAGAUCACAGGAAUUGCCUUCGCGGUUGCUGUUGUUGGAACAGAGGAAUAUAAAUGUAAUGGUGAUCUCAAUAUUUAUUUUGGUGUCAUCCGUGGUGGUGUAAAAAUCUAUAAUGGCAACAUUAAUCGAACGCUUGUGAAGGACACAGAUCAUGUUUUUAUGCAUUUCCAUGGUCCAACAUUUUUUAAGCAUAAUGAUCGUCUGCGAGUUCAGUUUCAUUUAGAGGAAGCUUCAAAUUCAAGGUUUAUUAAAAACUGGGGAUUCCAUCUGAUACGUAGGUAUGAAGAGAAGAAGAUAGAUUUAAUAGAUGAUAUUCAAGUUACUAAGAGACCUCGUGUUGAAGAUGGAAACUUGGAAUCCAAUUGGUACCAACACCAAAAGAGGCAUUCUUCAACCUUGGGCAGUAGAUUUUCAAAUGCAGAGGAUAUGCAACCGGGUGAAUCUUAACUACACCAAUACUUUGGUUAUAAUAAUAUAAGUGUUUCAAUUGGGCUUACCAUUGACCUAACUAUUUUAGACUUCAAUUCUAUAAUUAAAGGGUUGACUUUUA